AGAGGGAUAGAUUGACAAGCAGAGGGAAAGUAGAGUGGUUUGUUGGCGGGCUGACUGUGAUUCUAUGCCCUGUGUUUGUGUAUCAGGGCCUCAGGAGGAGGUUACACUGGGCUCCGCAGGAUGGACAAUCCCAGAGGAGCUCUCGGAGCAGGCCUCCCAGGCACAGCACCUCGAACGGCUGGCCCAGCUCUGCAUCAUGAGCAAAAGACCUCAUCUUGCUCUAGAAUACAGUGGUAAGGCUACAAAGAUCCACCAGAGAGCCUUUGGUAACGACCACCCAAUUACAGCCAGAAGCCUGGAGCUCAUGGCUACUGUCUAUGCUGAGAUUGGCAAGACAGAAUAUUCAGACUCCCUGGGUGAGUGUGUGUCUGCGCUGUCCAAACGGUUUGCUGCUGCAGAGUCCAUCAGAGAUACCGUCAACUGUCUUCCUCAUUCCCACCGGGAGAAACACUCAGAGGUCCGCCACAGAAAGGACACCCACCACCAACAAGAGGAAACACCAAAACCUAUGGUAACCAAUGGCAAAGUUCCCACCUCCAUUCUAAAGAGGCCAAGCCCCAGCUACGGGUCAGACACAGAACCCACCCACAGACGGAAAGGCGAGCGGAGGGUUCGAUUCAGGGAGCCAGAGACCACAGUACAUGCCUAUGAGACAACACCGUCCCGCCCCCACCUCGCCCUGUUCACUUGCCUCUUCCUGCUGAUGUCAUUCCUGGGUGUGGCCAUGUACUGCACGGACCGCCAGCGCCCACAGAGGGUAUGCGAGGAGCUGGAGGCCGCUCUGGCUGUCUACCUGCUGCAUAUGAAACAGCUUCUGUGGGGCUGUUGGAUAUGGCUGACCAUGCAAUGACUGAGACCGACCACAGGUGGAGACAUGGAACCUCCUCAUUUCUUUCUUUUUUUUCAGACCCCUCUUUUUUCCUAUCUUUGAAGGUGCCCAGGCCUAUAAACACCUCAGCCAUUUGGCAAGGCUCUGUAAGUUACACUGUCUGUGGUCUCUGUACACUGUCACAGUGAAAAAGGGAAAAAUGUGUAAUCCUAGAAAUAUGUAGCUUCCAUGUCCAUGUAUCUAUAUACAGUAAGUACUUAAGUGGUGGGAACGCCACUCCUUAUUUAAGUUGUACUGACGUUUUUGCACAUUUGCAAUGUUAUUGUUCACAUAUAACGCUCACUCAAAUACCACAACAUUUUCAGUUCAUGUCACAGUCUAUUUUAUGUGAGUGAAUGUUUCCAUGGAAUGCAUAUUUAUUUUGUUAUGGUACAUGGUUUCUGUAUAUCAGAUAUUACACAGAACUGAAUGUGUAUAUGUGGUUCAAUAUACUAAGGACUAUCACAAUAUUCAGCCUUGUAAUUGCACAUAAAUGAAUGUAGAUAUAUUUGGGAACAGCUUUGACCGGCACAUGCAAGAGGAGGAGGAGGAAGAAGAGGAAGAUGGAAGAACAAAUGUGUAAACUGUCCGAUAGUGAUCUGUGAGAAAGACAACACAGGGCUGCAUCACUUCCCAGUCGAAUGACUAACAGAUGAAAAAACACCUCUUUCUUUACGGACUUUAUUUUGUCUGCUCUUCUGUAUGGCUGACUGUCUUCAGCCUAUUCCUAGUCCCACUGAGGAGAAGAUCUGCAGCACAAUAUUACAAAUCCUCUCUCUUUAACUAUCCUCGAAGAGAAUAUACUCAAACUGAAUGAAUGCUAAUGCUUUUGACAGUGUUUCUCUUUAUAACCGCUUGAAUCCCACCAAAAUAUCCUCCUCUCUUCUAAAUGUUAUUUAUUCUUCUAUACUGUGUAUCUGCAUCUACGCAAAUAUCCAACUUUAGAUUCUUUUAAAUUUUUUUAACUUUUUGUUACAUUUCUAUUUCAGAACAAUAUUCAGGUUUUAACC